GGGCAAGGCCCAGGGACAGGAAGGGCUAACCUGCUGCUUGCCCUGCCUCCUUCCCAGCUCACCUGGGGCCGGCAAACAGGUAAUCUCCCGGCUGAAUUUUCCUCCAGGUUUUGGCUCCCUUCUUCUCCGCUGCCGUCCUUAGAUCCCAUGGAUCCGCACCUCUGCCCGCAGGCGCUGCUGGGGACACCGCUGGGAGCCUAGCUUUGGAGCUGUCCAGAGAGGAGCCCGCCAGCUUACCAUGAAGCAGCCAGAACGCCGGAAUCUCCGAAGGGGACGAUGGCUCUGCUACAGACUGCGCAGGGACUCAAGCCUCAGGGCCUAGGCCCGCUGUGGACAGCCAUGAGCUAAGGCCCUGCACCCCCCAAGUCUCCCUGGACUCUCCGGUCCUUUCUAGCUCCGAGGCGGCCGCGGCUGCGGGGGGCACAUGGCCCAGCUGGAAGCGGCCCCCGGCCUGCCCCUGCCCGGGAGCGUGGCGGGGGCCCCGGACGCGCUGGAGGAGUAUGUGGAGCUGUGGUGGUCGCAGGAGCCCCGGCGCGCGGCCCUGUGCUUCUCUGUGGCCGUGGGGCUGGUGGCCGGCUGCGGGGCCGGCGGCGUGGCCCUGCUCUACUCCACCAGCAGCCGCUCCGGCGAGUGGCGGCUGGCCAUGGGCACCGUGCUCUGCUUGCUGGCCCUGAUGGUGCUGGUGAAGCAGCUCCUGGGCUCGGCCGUGCAGGACAUGAACUGCAUCCGGCAGCCCCAGCACGUGGCCCUGCUGCGCAGCGGGGGAGGAACAGACAGCCUCGUGGUGCUGGUCAGCGGCCUGGUGCUGCUGGUCAGCGGCCUAGUGCUGGUCAGCCUGGCGGCCUCCCCCACCGCCAGCCCGGGCCCCAGCCCCAGCCCGGCCCGGCCCCUGGCCGCCAUGCUGACUGCGGGCAUCGUCCUGGGCGUCGUGGGGGCCCUCCUGCUGCUGGGAGUGCUGCUGUACCAGGCGGGCAUCGGAGGCCGCUGUCUCCUGCCCACCGCAGCCGCGGGCUCGGGGCGGGGCCGAGGACUGAGGGGAAGCAGCAUCUUCAGCAUCUCCGGACGGCUGCCCACCACCCCCAGCGUCGCCAACCUCCUCUGACCGAGCCCCGGCAGUGGCCGAAACCCCUUUGACUUUCACUGUGGCCGGCCUCUGCCCUCUGCACUUCCCUCCCUGGCGAGCUGAGCCAAGAACCACCUUCCAGCUGCCACUCACUUGUCUCUGCCCUCCAGCCUCCACCACCCGCCGCCGUCCUUCUCCGACCUCCAGUGACCACCUCCACACCCGAACUGCCACCUCUAGGAUCCUCCUUCGGCCCCUCCCCUGUGCUCCCACCUUCUGUCAUCACUAACAGGUCGGGCUUCGCGUGGUUUUGGCGACUGUGGUCCUGCUCGGACAUGGCUGUUAUUUGGGAUCAGAACCCCCUGUCUGGCUGGCUCCAUCCUCCUUGGCCAUCACUAAAUCCUCCUCCUUCCUCCGGUCCCCUCGAAGCAGCCAGGCAGAAACCCUCCACGCCAAAAGAGAUAUUUGUAAAGCAUUCAGCAGAGUACCUGGCACAGAAUAAGUGCUUAAUAAAUGCUUGUUAACCCCCCCCCCCCAGAGCUCAGAGACCCCUCCCCAUGGCCCCCAUCCCAGCUCAAGGAUUUCCUUUCUCCUUCCCAGCCCAGCUCAGGGAUCCUUCUCCUAGGACCCUUUAACCCCUCUCACCUUGGAUCAGGUUCCUAGUAAAGGUGCUGGCCAGCACCAUGCAGUGUAGCCCACCAGUGAAGGACACCCCUGCACUUUAAAUCGGACCCAGAUCUGGCCCUGGGGGGCUCAGGAGGGCACCAGGCGGAUUUGUAAAGCUAAUAGCCGGGUCCUCUGGGACCGAGCAGCAUCAUAUAAAUUAAUGCCAUGAAAACGUUUCCCAUGCUUGAAGACGUGGAUAGCUUUCCCUUCUGCGGGAGAGACUCCACCUCUGACACAAACGGUGUGACUUCAGUGCCUCCGGGUCUUUAUCUCUCAGGUGUCUGUCCCACUCAUCCCACAGGAUUAUGAAAUUGUGAAGAUCAAAGGAGGCGACGAGUAGGUAUCCAGCAGCAUCAUCCACAGAUGUAGGACUUAGUGCGUGGCAGGCUAAGCAUCCUCUGGUUCUCCAUCCAAGCCUGGGCAGAGACGGGCCUGGCUGGCUCCCCUGCAGGGGCUUAGCAAAGCCCCUCCUGACCUACCACCCAGAGCUGACCGCAGAGCUCAGUCACGGGUCUCACCAAGGUGCCCCAGUUAGGUCCAUAGAUGCUAAUAUUGAUGGCACACCUAUGGAGUAGCAAAGAAUUGUAAAGUCGAUUCCCAUCUACUGGACAAUGGCUAAACAAAUUAGGGCACAUGAACAUAAUGGAAUCUCGCUGGACUGUAAGAAAUUAUGAGCAUGAAGAAUUCAAAGAUGCAUGGGAAACCACGUAGGGAUUUCUCUAGAUUAUUUUGCUUGGGGAUCUCAUUCGCUCUCACCGUCUCAAUCUAUAUAGAUGCUUCUCAUAUCUCUUUGUAUAACCCUAACUUUUCUUUUCACCUCCAGUCUCACAUUUCCCCAAUUCCCAGGUUCAAGACCUCAAUGUAAUCCUUGACUCUUCUCCUUGCCCAUAAGUCUGUUGCCCAGUCCUGUCAUUUCUGCCUUUGCGACAUCUCUCUGCGCUGUCACCAUUCUGGUGCAAGCCCUUGUCGCCUCAUCCCUAGACUAUUGUAAUGGCUGUAGGUGGGUCUCCCUGACUCAUCCCCCCAGUGUUAAUACUUUCUCCAGUCCAUUGUCAAAGUUAUCUUCCUAAAGCAUAGUUCUGACCCCCAUCACUCCCUAAACUAGUGGCUUCCUAUCACCCUCAAGAAAUCCCUUCAUAACCAUUCUCCUUCCUAUCCUUCCAGUCUCCCAAAGCCUCAUUUUCCUACACAAAUCCUUUGCUCCAGGUACACUGGCCUCCUUGCUGUGGCUUAACUACAACAUUCUUAUCUCCUUACUUCGGUGGUUUUCACUGUCUCCCACUCCUGAAAUGCUCGUCCUCUGCAUCUCCAUCUCCUGGUUUCCCCCAUUUCCAUCAACUCCCAAAUAAAAUCCUGCCUUCCACAAUACUAGAAUCUUUCCUCUGUGGAUGACCAGCAGUUUAUCCUAUCUGUAUCUCCUUUGCACAGAUGUUUGCGUUUUGUCUCUUCCUUUAGACUGUAAGCCCCUUGAGGGCAGGGACUGUUUUUGUUGUUUUGUAUCCCCUGUUCUUAGAAUAUAACCGAUAUUUAAUAAAUGCACAUUUUAACUGAC